AUGUGGCGACUUUGGAAGCAGAGACUGGGUUUCAGGAAGGCGCGCUUCCUCAAGCUGCUCUUCCCAGUCUCCGCAGUGUUCCUCAUAGUGGUGUCUUCAGGCAUGUGCCGUGCCUUCGCAGCUCCGGGCGAGGAGGCACCGUAUGCCCAAGUUAUUCGAACUUUGGGCGAUGCCCGCAGCUGGAAGGAUGCUCUCGAGCUCUUUGCCGACAUGUGCAAGUUGGACCCGAAGGCGGCUCUCAACACCGCGACAUUCACGGCCGCAAUUCUCGCAUGCGGCAGCACAGCACAGUGGCUGCAGGUCAGUGUGUUGCUCGAAGAAGCCCGGAGGAAAGGAGUCAAGUCUGACUUGGGUAUGUGCCGAGCGGCGCUGGCGGCCUAUGCGGAGCGCCUCGCUUGGGCGGAGGCUCUGCAGCUCUGGGAGGCGGAAGCGCCCAGUGGCCUGCUUCCGACGGUCGUCGAGAUCUGUGCCAAAGCAUGCCAAGCGGAGCUGGCCUCACAGCUUGUCCCGCAGCAGCUUGAAGACGCCGAGUUGGGCCGCAGCCUCGUGACAGCUUUCGCUGAAGCGCGUGCAUCGGAGAUGGCGUUGGACGUUCUCCUGCGCAUGAAAGGAGAGGGGCUCGAACCGACUGCAGACACCAUCGCAGAUGUUAUGUCAGCCUGCGAUGCAGGAAGCAGGGUGCAGGGGAUGGACGUGGAGGCCAAGGCAGAUCUCCAGCGACGCCCGGCUCAGGCGCAGGUCAUGUCUCUCCUGUGGUGGGCACGCAGUUGGGGUGUGGAGAGGAAUGUGAGGCUAUACCGGACUACUCUGGAUGCGUGUUCUUCGGAACUAUGGGCCGUUGCUGUGAGCCUUCUCGUCGACAUGGAGGCAGACGGCUUCAGCCCGAAAUCUGGCGACCUGGCCGCCGCUAUUCAGGUCCUUGCUGCUGCUCAGGAAGAGGCGCAUCAGGGCAGAACGCAGCAAGAGGAGCGAGAGAUGUCCAUCCGGAGAGUGCAGAGGGCCAGAAUUGCACAACCCACACAGGAGCCUCGCACACCGAAGUGGGACUUUUCGCCAGUUGUCGUCGAGUCGAUGCCGGCAACGCCGAAGAGGACUCCCGGCCUUCGCGAGCGGUUGCAGACGGAGAUCGAGCUCGAGGAUGUAUUCGCAGACGAAGGUGUCCGAAGCAACUUACCCUGGAGUGGCGGAGGCCCUUGGAGAAAGUGGGAGAUGGCCGUCAGCCUUCUGGAGAAGAUCCAGAUUUUGAGUUUCAGUCCAGAGAUUGCCCCUUUGAAUGCAGUCAUAACGGCCUGUGCUCGGGCGCAAGAGCUGGCGCAGUGCAAGCUCGUGCUAGACACGAUGAAAGGCGAAUCGCUGCAGCCGGACGCGGUCACCUGCGCCCAGCUCAUAGGUGGAUGCUGCCGAAGAGGCCUCUGGGAGCAGGCGCUGCUCAUCCUUGGCCGCGCCAGAGAUCUAUCCGUGGCCAGCAUGUCCACCUGUGAGGAGGGCCUCAAGGCCUGUUUCCGAGGACGACAGCCGCGGCUCGCCCUUCUGCUCUUGGCCGAGAUGGAUCGUAUGCCAACAGGUGUCUCGACUCCAGCGAUCAACACCGCUAUUGCCACCUGCGCUCGCUUCGGCCUUUGGACGCAGGCGAUUGCUCUGCUGAGUGAGCUGCAGUCGCGGCUGAUGACGCCUAACUCUGCUACAUAUGCUGCGGUUGCUGCUGCUUUUGAAGCUGCACCGUCGUCGCUCGCAUGGGCAUGGGAGCAGGCCCUCCUCUUGCUGGAGGAGUCGCGAGGACUUGGACUGGCAAACGGCCAGACGUAUGCGAGUACUAUCGCUUGCUGCGGGCGGCGCUGGCAGCUCAUUGUUUCAGCUCUGGUUGACAUGCGUUCCGCGCGGGUGCUGCCCGCUCCCCGAACGUACUCCGAUGUCCUGCGCAGUUUCACCAAGCUGAGCCUUGCCUCAGUCGCCGUCGGGGCCCUGGGCGCAGUGCGUGGGUCCGGAUCAUUCACGCAGAGUGCAGUUGCCUCAGAGAUGUUAGCUGGGGCCCAGCAGCUCGGCCGCAUCGGCCACAGCUUCUCGGAGGCCAACCUGCAAGUUCUCAAGGAGGACCCCCAUGCACGUCGCUACAUGUCACAGAAGUACGCGGAGCUGAUGCAGCGCCCGCAGGCAGCUAGUCCGUCAGAGGCGCGACCGCACGAAAAGAGAUCGGCACAAGUUCGGAAGGUCACUUUGGGUCGCCUUGUGUCGAGGUUCAACUACACUUUCGACUACAACGGAAAGACCACUUUGACCGCAGCCAUCACAAAGGUUAUGGCAGAUGAAGGGCGAGCUGAGUUCAAAGCCUAUGAUGCUAUUGACAAGGCUCCUGAGGAGAAAAAGCGUGGUAUCACCAUCAACCAGGCUCACGUAGAGUACGAGACUGACAAGAGACACUAUGGCCAUGUAGACUGUCCUGGUCACGCUGAUUAUGUCAAGAACAUGAUCACUGGCGCUGCCCAGAUGGAUGGAGCCAUCCUGGUGGUCUCAGGUUAUGACGGACCAAUGCCACAGACCCGAGAGCACAUCUUGCUCUCCAAGCAGGUCUGGAGCACCCAGCUCCGCUGGGAGGGCAAAGAUGGUCCAGAGGAGGUCGCCGACGUUCGUCGGGCCAUGGCUGAAGCCACAGGCAUCUCGGCUGGCAGCCUCAGCUUGCUCUGCUUGCAGCGGAAGCCUGGCAGCCCACAGAGCACGCUGAAGCCUGUCUCGGGGCAAAGUCUGGUUGCGUUUUUGGAGCAGAAUUGUCGGGAAGAUCACGGUGUUUUCCAGCUGCGCGCUGCUUUUGACAAUGUCACCAACGAGGAUUUCGUGCAGGUGCGCGUGGCCUGCCCUGGCACGGCCACCUCAAAGGCUGUCGCGAACAGUAGCGCGAGCCAGCCUCUGCCGAUCGUGAUAGAGCAGUUUGAGCUUGCGGCCAGCGGCACGGUGACGACUCUGAAAGAGCUGAUCUCCAAAAGGACGAAGUUCCCCGUAGAUCAGACGGUGCUGUUACUGGGCUGUAAGCGCUUACACGAUGAGCUUCCCAUGGGCCGCGUCGCCGCCGCCGCAGAGACGUCCCAGACUCCCCUGCAGCUUCAUCUGAGCGCCAAGGGAGCCCUGGCCUUCCUCAGGCGCGAGGGGCAAGGACACCGCGAGCAAAAUGGGGCGCACACACUUAGCCUUAUUCUGCCGGCGUCUGUGAAGGGCAGCCAUGAAAGGCCUAUGCCCUUCGAUCUCAAAUCCACUCUCAGUGAUCUGCGAUGGUCUGUGCAGAGCGUUUCAGGGAUCUCUCCUGCACGAAUGAAGUUGGUUUUGGAUGACGACAAGGACUUGUCCUUCGCGUUGGAGUCCAGCACUUUAGAGGAGCUUGGCUUCGAGGAUGGCUGCAGCGUGCAUGUGCAUCAACCCGAUGCUCUGGCCGACUUCGACAUGCCGUUAGAUAUCCCGUCCAUGGGUCCUGCAAGCCUGCUUUACGAGACGGCAGCAGAAAAGCUGGGGGUAGUGGACCAAAGCAAGCUUGCAAUCUUUGCUGGAAGUCAGCUGGUCGAACGCAGUGCUGAUUUAUCCCAGGCGCUCAUUGCUGACGGAGUCAUCCUCUGUGCUUACAUGAACUGGCCCUUGCAUUUAUCCGUGUCCGUCCUAGACUCGAGCCUCCCAGGAACCCUGGAGGGCUUUCCAGGUACUUUGGAAGUGCGGAGCUGCGAUUCCAUUUCGGACGUCCGCCGGAAACUGGUGGCCCGCGCCGUGGAAGCAGAGGCGACGGCCCUUCUGGAGGGCAGCUUAGCCUUCGCGGUGGAGUGCUCCACCUGGGAGCGAGAGGGAGCGGGGUGCCGCAGUCUCGCAUCGCUGGAGACGCUGUUGGGAGGAUUCUCGCCUGUGCCUGAGACGGCGCGUCUCUCCAGGUUGGGAAUGGCUGACGGUGGCUGCCACCUGGUCUUUGUACCCAAGAAGGUGGUAUCUCUUGAAGUUCAGGUCUGCCAUGGUGAGGAAGAGAAGGGCCUUAGGCAACUCAGGGUGCCAAGCACCACUCGGCUUUCAGAGCUUUCAAAGAUUCUGAUACGAAGUCUACGGCAAAGCAGCCUCCCUGAUUUUGCCCCAAGCGAAUUCGCCCACUGCUCCUGGACGCCCUCCUCCGAUCCAAAGAGCUCUCGGGACGGCCUGCAACGGAGUGUCUCGCAGUCCUCCUUCGGCGGAGUCGCAGCGAUGCUGUCGAAAGUGAAGAGGAAGUCCUUCGGGAGCAGCCCGGGCUCUCCACCCGAGAAGCGCCGCCGGGGAGCUAGCGACUCCAAGGACAUGGACGAGAGGCAGUUUGUGGGUGACCUGCAAGCCCAGCAUCCCACGUCCUCCAGAGCUCUCUGUCAGCAGUUCCUGUGCCCGAUCUCCAUGCAGAUCAUGCAGGAUCCCGUCAUUGUCACGGGAAGUGGCAACACUUACGAUCGCAAGUCGAUCGAACGGCACUUCCAGCACUUCUACAGAGACCCGCUCAACAACACCGAGCUCAGAAGACCGGCGGAUCGAAAGCUGAUUCCAAACAACCAGCUCCGCAGCCAGAUCCGUGAAGCUGAAAUUUCUCAAAUUCACUUGCGACUUACUGCACAUCUUAGUGAACAGCGCAGCUUUUCCAGCGAUGCGCCGAUGGCAGAAUAUCUUCGACAUGGUCGAAGACAUGGAACUUGUCGAUCUUGUGGAACUGGAGCGCAGCAGAACUCAGCCUUGGACUCCGCGGAUGUUGAGCAACUUUUGUGCAAGGCCCCGUCGGGGCCGCCGGAAGCCAGCGCGUUCCCGGCGGAAGGUGAUGACACCCGCGAGUGGUGGAAGUGGCAGGCCCAGACGGUCGUGCAGCCGCCUUUGUUGACGAUUAGCGAAGAGAGUGCUCCAAGGCACGAGGACAGAAUCUUUCUCAGAGACCGGAUGACUUCUCGGUAUUUGUCAGUUAUUGGCCACCACGGCAGUGCAAUACAGUGCACCAUGACAGAGAAGCCUGCAUCUCUGUUCGUGGUCCAUGCAGACAUGGCAGAAUACCAGGAAGCAUGGCUGGGUUUCGCACACGAAGGGUUGCCGGCAUUUGGCUGCUUCCUUGGCUACGACAACGCGUUUCAGAGCUGGUACGCCUCGCUGGGAGCAGGCUCUGAGCAUCCUCUUCCAUGCGAAGCCGAAGGCUUCCAAGCUCACAGCACCUUCAAGUGGCAUCCGGAUGCCACACUAAGGCACUUGUCAAGUGGGCUGUGGCUGCAUGCGGAUCCGUUGACGGAUGCCGUACUGCUCCAUGCCAACAGGAGGAGUCAAUGGGAGGCUGUUCCUGUUGCCUGA